UUCAAGACGGAGAAGAGGCUGUGCAAGAUGUUCUACGCCGUCACGCUGCUCUUCCUGCUCCUCUGGGGGCCCUACGUCGUGGCCAGCUACCUGCGGGUCCUGGUGCGGCCCGGCGCCGUCCCCCAGGCCUACCUGACGGCCUCCGUGUGGCUGACCUUCGCGCAGGCUGGCAUCAAUCCCGUCGUGUGCUUCCUCUUCAACCGGGAGCUGAGGGACUGCUUCAGGGCCCAGUUCCCCUGCUGCCAGAGCCCCCAGACCACCCAGGCCACCCACCCCUGCGACCUGAAGGGCAUUGGUUUGUGAGGGACUGCCCCGCCGCUCACCCCCCGCCCCCCGCCCUGCCCUUUGGCUCGGACCACGGCAUCGUUUCUCUCCCUCCUGUCCCCCUCUUAGUUUUCUCAGCUGCCUUCAAAGUGACUCUCGAAAAUGACUCUCGAAGUGGACACUCACUUGGGUUGUACAGACUCCUCUGGGGGCCGGCGGGAGGCAGUGGGACACGCAGCCCUCUCCAGCUCGCGCCCCCCGUCCUCCUGACCACACUCUCUUCUGCCGAUAGGCCCUGCAGUCUUUUUGUACUGGUACUGACGUCUUUUAUCCCAUGUGUGACGACUUUUUUCUUUUUCUAUAAGAGCUAGCUGAUUUUCUUCAUGCAACGUUUCCUAAAGACCAUGGCCAGUUUUCUACAGAAGCUAUUUUUGACAACCUCAAAUGGCGUUACAUUUUGCAGUGAAGUGGAGGAACCUCGGGGGACUUCACAAGUUAGAUUUCUUGAGGGUCUUCUGUUGGAGGCAGGAGAAAGGGAGGGGGUGGGAGAGUUGUAAAUUCCCUCGGUGGCCGGCCGCAGGGUGAGUGGCGCUGCGCCGGUUCUUCGAAGGAUGGAGAACUUGGUUCAGUGCUGACAUUGAACUUAAGAGCAGAGAUGGAAGUCAGUAGCAAGGCAGUCAUUGUUUUUAAAACAGUAAGUAACAAGUAAGAUUUGGUUCCUGGUUUACUUUGUACUACUGAAAACUAUGUGUCAGCGACAACUGCUCUCUGUAUUAUACCAAUCUUGAAUGGAGACAUUUCUGUAAAGUUGUAACUUUUAAAAGAGUCAAAAGUGUUCUGGUUAGUAAUGGUGUGGACAAAAUACAGUAUUGCAUGUGUUUGUAUAUACAGAUUGUGGCUCGAGGAUGGGGAGGGUUCUGAGAAGCAGAGUGCUAAUUCAAAAUUGUUUAGGUUUUUUUUUUUUUUUUUUUGCCAAUACAUUAAAAUAAUUUUAUGGAAACGGCUUGUGCUUUGAGAAGCCCAGUUUUAUUCUGUCUUAUGAAACUAAUUUCCACUUUGAAAACUGUUCUUCUGUUGUUCCUGGUAUAAAUGAAUGGAAAAUGAUACCUACUUCUAGGAGACAAAGCAUUUCCUUAAAAUGUUUGCUAGGUUAAGCUGUGCUGUUCUACUGAUGGUUGUUUUAAAUUAAUAAUGAGAACUAUAAUUUAAAUAAUAUUUCUUUGUUAGACAUUAUAAUCUUAAACCGAAAGACUAAAUUCUGCAAGUACUAUAUAAUAUUUUUUGCUUAUAAUGCUACAUUUUUAUUAAUGUACCUUCCGUUUUGAGGAUUUAUAUCUGUAUUUCUCUUUGCAUUAUACAAAUAUACCAGUAUUUUCAUUCUGGAGUGGUUGUUCUGUUGUUGUUUGAAGCAAUAAGUGAUAAUAAUAUGCGCCUAAUAUGUUGUUCUGUUGUUUAAGUGAUGACUGAUAAUAAUAUGCGCUUAAUAUGUUA